GGUCGACCCGACAAGGACACCGCUGGGCCGAUUCUCAUUCAAGGAUUCUUGCAGUAUCUAUGCCAAGGUACGCUUUCAGCAGCUAGUGCGAAGUUCUAUCAUAGAUGGCAAGAUGACCCGGUGGCGCUGCGUGUGUACGUUGUGGUCCUGCUGUUCUGUUCCUUGAUACAAACUGUUCUGGAAAGCUACAAGACAUGGGUGGAAACAAUUGUUGGCGUGCAUUGGUGGACAAGCCGCCUGCAUUGCACCGAAUUUCUUUGCAACGCCCUCAUAUGCAUCAUAUGUGAAGCUUUCCUCAUCCGACGGUGCUACAGAAUCACCCAGAGAAAUAUGUUUGUGCUCAUAUACCUAGCUUCGUUGCUCAUCAUAUCCUUGGUGGCGAGCAUAUGUCUCACCAUCCGCAUAGCACAAGUCAUCGGGCCUUUGUCGCAGAACGGGAUGGCAGACCCGCUGCACGCCAGCAUGUACGCCUACCCGCUCUGGGUCUACGUGACGCUCGUCAUGGCGCUCUCCCUCACCAUCAUCCUCUCCGUCUCACUCUGGCGCACGCGCACCGGCCUGCGCCACCUCGACCGCACACUCAGACACAUCAUCUUCAUCACCUUCGAGUCCGCCGUGCUCCCGACCGCCUGCAUGCUCGUCUCCGCCGUCAUCUACUCCAUCCGCGACGCGCAGGCCUCCUCCGCCGCCUCCGCCUCCCUGUCCCACACGCUCCACCUCGACCUCUUCUUCGCGAUCCUGACGGGCAAGGUGUACACGCUCGGGCUGCUCCGCACGCUCAACUCGCGCACGCAGUUCCGCGCGGGCAUGCACACGAGCAACCUUGGGCGGCGCUCGCUCACGGGGUGGGACUUUGCUACUGCG